UGCAGAGCACAGACAUUAUUUCUCAAAUAUAUUUCACUGAAACAACCCUAUAUGAAUGCCAAGUUUUAACGCUCUGUUAGACAGAUUAUAAGCAAAACAGCAUAUUGGACAUAUAACCAAUCAUGAUGCUGAGAUAGAAACAAAUCUGAAUCUCAUAGUGGCCUUUCAAUGUAUCAGUUUCCCUUUGAAGAACAUGCAAUUAGCAAUGGCCAUAUUAAUGAUAGCUAGCCCUUUCAUGAUGCCUACACAUAAGCAAUCUUAUGCAAAAUUGAACAAUUUUUUUUUAUCCAAAUAAUCUACAUUACUUAAAUUUGUUUUGACUACAAAAUGUCAUCACUAUACACUGUAUGACAACCUGCAUACACAUUUAAGUCAAUUUCACAUUUUUGAAACCAUUGUCAAAUCUUUUAAAGUAAGAACUGCUCAAAAUGAUUGGAUGCAAGUGAAAGAAAAUUGCCCACUUGUAAUCAGUUUCCUGUCAAUUUCUGCUGAUUAAAUGAAACAAAUUCUGGCGGGAACAAGAAAAGAACCAGCGCACUGCCCAGCGACUAUCAGAUCCCAGGCAAAAUAUUUGCUUUGGCACUUUCUGGAGUCUUUUACCUUGGGAGGCAAAUGUGUUGAUUUAUUGCAUGCAAGAAACUAGUUUCUUAAAUGUGACCAAAUUCACAGAACAACAAAAUAUUCUUUUUUUUUCUUUCUUUGAAUCAGAAAAAGGUAACAUGCACUGAAAAUAAAGUUCUUAAACGAUUCCUUAAGAACAUGUAACCCUUAGUAAGUGUUUGGAUUUACAUUCAACUAACUCCAGGACAACAUUUCGAAAUAUCUAGCUUCAUUGUGGUAACGGUUGUAUAAUAACCUGAGUGGUUUGUUGUGCGGUGCUUUCUGGAGGAAUGGAUAAGCAACAGAGAACGGCGCUACAAAAGAACCACAUGAUGAUUGUGGAGGACCUGCUCGUAACUGAUGAUUUCCUGGGACAGUGUUUUCAGGAUGAUCUGUUUGAUCUGCAUCUUCUUGAAAUCAUCAGGACUGAAAGAACAAAUCAGCAGAAGGUUCACAAGCUACUGGAACUGCUACCACACCGAGGCCCUGAUGCCUUUGACAAGUUUGUCAGCAUCAUUGAACUCAAGUAUCCGUGGCUGGCCAAGUCCUUGGAGAAUGGACUCAGUCAGGAGAGACAGAAACAUCAGGAGAACCGCUGGUCCAGCCGCAUCGACCAGCUACCCCGACUCAGUCUGGAAAGGCUAGGAUCCCCAACCAGAUAUCAGUCCUAUAAAAUUACCAGUCAACGAGAACUCUGUUCAUCUGUGGAUGUCUCAGAGAGAAUUGAGAACUUUACCCAGAGAAGUUUCGGGCUCCAUCGAAAACUAUCUCAGUCUGAUAAAAGAGCAGUAGAGCAGUUUCUACUGGAACAAAUCAAGCUGGAGGUCCAGAAACAAAAUGACCUUCACUCCAAAGGCAGUGGCACCAUUCCUCCCCACAUAAAGCAAUGGCUUCUGAGCACCCACAUCAAGUUCAAAGUUCACAUUGACUGUCUCCAAGAGGAAUCAAUCUCCAAGGAAGAACUUCACACCUCGUAUUCUAUCUCUUUUGAAAUCAUAGAGAAACAAAUUGAAACCUUGCUAAAUCGCAUUCAGUUUUUGGAGGAACAGAUGACAAAUCUCUAUGACGUUCUGGGAGAAAAUUCUCGAAAGAAGAGUCCUGCGUUACUGGUGGAAAACAUUUUGCACAAGUGCCAGGACAUUGAGAGUAAGCUUGAGCGGAAAGAGAAGGAAGUGGACAAUAUGAGCAAUGAAAACUACGAGCUGACGAUGCUCAAGAAAAAGUUAGCUCAUGAAAUGCAACUGAAGGAUGUUCAGUUGGAAGUGAAAUCCAAUCAGAUAAGCAGACUACAGCAGGAAAAUAAGGCGUUACAUGCGGAGAUUGAAAAACUGAAAAAAGUUACAAACACACAGACAGAGAAAGAAAGGACACUGACAGAACUGCAACAAAUAGUUAAUGACUUGCGACAAUCUCGAGAUCAUGUGCGAGAUGAAAACACAGAGUUAAAAUACAAACUUGAACAACAACGAGCUAGAUUUUUGUCACCUAGGCGACAGUCCUCCUAUUCUAAAACCUCAAACAGUAAAUCUUUACGAGCAAAAGCCGCUAACAAAAAGAAACUCAACAAUAGAUAAGUGAAUGGUGCUUAUUUUGAAUUUUUUUUUUAACCAUAGCAAUAUUAAGAUUGGAAAUUGACAUAAAAUUGCAUUUGUAAAUAAAUCAUCCAUCGA